AUGGCUAGAGUCAGCGGAAUCGGCGACAAAGUGGCCAUAGAUGCGCUCCGAAAGACACUCUGGUACAAGUCGAAGCUCAGGAAGUGGAUAACCUUGGACAAGCCGAGAACGAUCCAGAACGCGCUCCACAAGGCCACAGACUACAUAAUCAUCGAGGAAGAGACAAAGGUCUUGUCGCAAAAGCAAAAGCCGACGAAGACGUCGUCAAAGGAUCCUGGGUCGGAUCAGAAAUCAAAAAAGAAAAACCCACGAAAUGACAAAAACGUUUAUUGCGGGGAAGAAGGGACCCAUGGAGCACAGAACUACGCCAUCAACUCUGGACCAGAGCAUGGCCAGACGACGGGUAAAACAUGGACCCAAAAUCCGAACUACGACGAGAACGUCUUCUGCGACUUUCAUCAAGCCUACGACCACUCAACCGUUAACUGGAAAGUUCACGGCGCAAGAUUGGCCGCAAAACUGCUUGCAGGGAACCAACGGGGUGAAAAGCGCGGAAGAAGGCAUGACGAGAAGGGCAACGACAGUAGCCGCCGCAAAGUCAAUAUGAUCAUCGAAGGAUCGCAGUAUUGUGGCGAUAACGUCUCUGCCUUCAAAGGUUAUCAGCGUAAGGCCGAUACAAGCGAAAACUCGCUAGCCUGGUCUGCGCCCAACGACUUCCUGAAAGGGGCAAUCACUUUCGACGAAGAAGAGGCUGGUGGGAUCGAUCAGCCCCACUGUGAUCCACUCGUAAUCGAUCUCGUGAUAAGAGACCUCAUGGUCGCAAGGGUUCUCAUCGACACAUGCAGCACAGUCAAUGUCAUCUUCCGCGACACUCUCAAGAGGAUGAACGUCGAGCUAGGAGAAGUUGUACCUGAUACUGCCAUAUGGGUAUGGGCUAGUAUCUGUCGUCAGUGCCUUAGUAGCAGCAGGGGAGAUUGGUCGUUAGGCGGGGGCCGCCUAUCGAUGGUGAAGAUUGCAGGGUCUUCUUGA